AGAGGGGAGAGGAAUCAAAUCCAUCCAGAAAAGCGAGCGCGAUGGGCGCCGGGAGCAGCUGCGCCGCCGGCGCGCCGUCGUCGCGGCGCCGGCCGCGGAUCGGCCUGGGCGGGUGCUUCGGGGCCGGAUCCUCCGCGGGCGACGGCGGCGGGGGGCUCGCCGCGGCCGCCUCCUCCUCGUCCACCUCAUCCUCCUCGCGCGCUCGCCAGGUAGAAACUCUGCGAGCAGAGCGAGAACUGGCUGGGCUGGAUUUCCGUCCUUCUCUAUCCGCCAAGGAUCUUCGCCACAGCAGCGAGCCUGAUCCGAGAGUGCAUCCGUCUUCGAGCACCAUAAGUCACCAUCUCAGGUUCAAUCACUUAGACUGUCGUGAGGACAAGGAGGGUGCGCCGGGGGUCAAAAAUCCCGAGACAAGUGGUCUGGAGAGUUCAUCGGGAAAGGAUGCCAUGAUCAGGGGCAAUGCAGAGAUAACUAUGGGGAGAGAGCUUGUAGUAGAGCAUGCACCUCGUAAUGUCCAUACCGACACAGUUUGCAUUACAGAAGUUGGUGGCUCUGUAUCUCAAUCUGAUUUCCAUUCCUCGCUGAUGUCAACUGAAAGGAUCAUGUCUGACCUGGAAGAUGCACAGAUAGCUCUCCACAGGAACCCAUCCGCAGCUGUUCCGGCAAGUGAAAGAUCAGAUAUUUCUCUAACCAGCUUAACACCCGUGUCGCCUGCUACUUCAACCGCAUCAUCCGUCAUUGGAGAGUCAAUUGCAGAUGCAACUCCUAGCAGAACAGAUGUUCCAGUGGUCAGCGAAUCCAUUGGUCAGAUUGGUGGAAGUACAUUGCAUGAUGACAUGAUCAGCAUUUUCUCAAAUGAUGGCCUAGGGCACUCUAGAGAUUCGAGCAGCAGUGAAUCAAGAAGAAAUCAUAGAAUGGUUAUAUGGGAUGCGCUUUCGAGACGUGGCUCUAGAGGUUAUCUAGAUUCUGACACUGAUGAUCUAGGUAGUAGAUGGCUAGACCUUGGUGAUGACCUCUUUGGAGAUGAGGUUGAGGAGGCACGAUUUUUCCAUCGCAGACGCCAUGGUUCAGUCAGAGUAAACCAGUAUUCAAGAUCUCGGAUUAGAGAGCAUCGCCGUGCUAUUUUUGAUAGUGGGAAUGGACAAAGUACUGCUGCUUGUCCUUUGGGGAUUCACCAAAUUGGCAGAUGCACCUGUGAUUCUUUCCUGGUCGCUGAAGAAUCUAGUGCUCGAGCAAGUGUAUCAAGAAUUGUCAUGUUAACCGAGGCAUUAUUUGAGGUAUUGGAUGAAAUUCAUCGGCAAUCCUCAUCACUUUCACUUUCCAUGGUCUCUGUUCAAGCUCCAGAAUCUGUGGUUAAUGCAUUACCAUGUAAGAGCUACAAAAAGCUUGUGACAGCCCAAUGCAGUGCUGAUUUGGAACAGUGUCAUAUCUGCUUAACUGAAUAUGAGGAUGGAGAUCAGAUAAGGACUCUCCCGUGCAAACACGAGUUUCACCUGCAGUGUGUGGACAAGUGGCUUAAAGAAGUACACAGGGUGUGCCCGUUGUGCCGUGGGGAUGUCUGCGAAGGUGGCGCCUCCUGAAGAUCUUAGCACCGGCUCACCUCCUGAAGGCGCCUUGUUGGAGACAGUAGCACCAGGCGGCACACCUCCUGCAGCCACUGAUGAAGCUGUUUGGUAAGGCAUUAGUUAAACCCUGCCAUCUCUAGAAGAGCUCUGAUUGCCCAUGGCCAAAACUUGCGUCUCUACUCAAUUGAUUCAUAUCAAGUUCCCAGAAUAUAACAAAGCCAUGUACAUAUCUUUUGACUUCGGUAGCCCUUUCUCAUGUAUGGCAGCAUGUAUAUAUGUGGUAAAUUCUUGGUCCAUUUUCUCCCA